GUGUUGAACCAUCCAGAUUCAAGGCAAGACUUGUGGCAAAAGGUUUUUCACAGAAAGAAGGAAUUGACUACCAUGAAGUGUUCUCGCCUGUGGUAAAACAUAAGACUAUUCGAGUUCUGUUGGCUAUGGUGAGUGCUUUGGAUAUGGAGUUAGAGCAGCUUGACGUGAAAACUGCAUUCUUGCAUGGAAAUUUAGAAGAGCAGAUUUACAUGUCACAGCCAGAUGGAUUCCUUGAGGCCGGAAAAGAGAACCAUGUGUGUUUGCUGAAAAAAUCCUUGUAUGGUUUAAAACAGAGCCCGAGGCAGUGGUACAAGAGGUUUGAUGCUUUUAUGAUUUCCUAUAAUUUUGUCCGAAAUGAGUUUGAUAACUGUGUUUAUAGUAGGAAGCUAUCAGAUGGUUCCUAUAUAUAUUUGUUGUUGUAUGUGGAUGACAUGCUAAUUGCAGCUAAGAGCAAGACUGAUAUUGAUGCUCUUAAAGCUAUGUUGAGCAGUGAGUUUGAGAUGAAGGAUUUGGGUGCUGCCAAGAAGAUUUUAGGAAUGGAGAUUUGGAGAGACAGGAAUGCAGGUCUACUUUAUGUAUCUCAGAAGAAAUACAUUGAAAAGUUGUUGCAGUCUUUUCAAAUGGAGAAUUCUAAGCCUGUUAGGACUCCUUUGGCAACACAUUUUAAACUUGAUGCUAGCACUCUUCCUAGUACUGAUGAAGAAAAGGAGUAUAUGAAUACGGUUCCUUAUUCUAGUGCUGUUGGGAGCUUAAUGUAUGCCAUGGUUUGUACAAGACCAGAUUUGGCUCAUGCUGUAGUGGUUAGUAGAUUUAUGAGUAAUCCUGGAAAGCCUCACUGGGAGGCUGUGAAGUGGAUUAUGCGAUAUUUGAAAGGUACUAGUAAUAUCUGCUUAGUUUAUGGUUCUAAUGAUAUUGGGUCUGGUCUUAUUGGCUAUGCAGAUUCUGACUAUGGUGGAGAUCUCGUGAGGAGAAGAUCUUUGACAUGUUAUAUCUUCACUCUUUAUGGUUGUGCUGUAAGUUGGAAAGCAACACUUCAACUUACUAUUGCUUUGUCUACCACUGAAGCAGAAUACAUGUCCUUGACAGAAGGGGUUAAAGAAGGUGAUUUGCUAGACAGAGCACCAUUGGGAUCAGUCCAAGUUAUGACACUUAGCAAUCAAGCUAACACUGAGUUCUCUGAGCCACUGAAAUCUGAUACCAUGAACAAUGAUGCUGUGAUCAGAUCAGACGAUGCAGAACUUGGAGAAGCAGAUCAAGAUGAGCAAAAAUAUGUAGAUCCAUUGGAUAAAUUUCUUCCUCCCCCACCAAAAGUUAAAUGCUCCGAGGAGCUACAAAGAAAAAUAAAUAAAUUCCUAGAGUACAAGAAGGCUGGAAAAAGUUUUAAUGCAGAAGUUCGCAACAGAAAGGACUAUCGAAACCCCGACUUCUUACUGCAUGCAGUGAGGUACCAGGAUAUUGAUCAAACAGGGUCGUGCUUCAGUAAAGAUGUAUUUGACCCUCAUGGAUAUGAUCCAAGCGACUUCUAUGAUGGAAUAGAAGCUGAUAUGAGGCGCGAAAGUGAGAGGAAAGAGCAAGAGAAGAAGAAAGCACAGAAGGUUGAAUUUAUUUCAGGUGGUGCGCAACCAGGAAUUAUACCUAGUGCUCCUAGGAUUAGCAUGCCUGUUGCAGGUGCUUCUACUGUGAAUGCAAGUGGUUUGCCUUUGGUGCCUCCUACAGCUGAUACUAUUAAUCGUGAUGGUAGACAGAAUAAAAAAUCAAAAUGGGACAAGGUGGAUGGUGAUCGAAAAAAUUCUCUGCCUUCUGCGGGUCUGGAUUCUGUAUCUACUACUGGAGCUCAUGCAGCAAUUUUAACUGCUGCUAAUGCUGGUGGUGGAUACAUGCUAUUUGCGCAACAUAAACGGCGAGAGGCAGAGGAGAAAAGAUCUAGUGAAAGGUGGUUGGACAGAAAAUCGUGAGCCAUUCAUUGUAGUCUGUAGUAUGGAACACCGCUUAUAAACAGUAGCUGAGAUUUUUCUGCACAACAUUUUUGUCGGUUAAUUAGCUAUGGCAAUUAUCAUAGACACUGUAUAUUCUCAAAACAGAGAAAUAUAUAUAUAUAUAUAUUUUUUUUUUCUGUUAAUUAACUUUGGUAAUUUUCAUAGACACUGUAUAAUAUAUUCUCAAAAUUGUAAAGAAAUUUCCGGCUCGA